CUGUCAAAAUGCCUAAGAAAGCAAUUGACGCGCGCAUACCUGCACUGAUUCGGAAUGGCGCUCAGGAGAAGAAGCGAAGCUUUUUCGUAGUCGUCGGUGACCGUCAGAAGGAUGUCAUAGUCAACUUGUACCACAUUCUUCUGAACGUGGACGUGAAGUUGAACAAGUCUGUGCUCUGGACAUACAAGAACAAGCUUCUUGGAUUUUCAAGUCACCGGAAAAAGCGCGAAAAGAAGAUCAAAAGCGACAUCAAGCGCGGUAUCCGCGACGCCGAUACCGAUGACCCUUUCGAACUAUUCGUGUCCACCCAAAACAUCCGAUAUGUGUAUUACAAGGAGACGGAGAAGAUUCUCGGAAACACAUACGGAAUGUGUAUAUUGCAGGACUUUGAGGCGAUCACACCGAAUCUGCUUGCGCGGACGAUAGAGACUGUUGAAGGAGGUGGUCUGGUGAUUCUGCUGCUGAAGGGCAUGAGCAGUCUGAAACAGCUUUACACAAUGUCCAUGGAUAUCCACUCGAGAUAUCGCACAGAAGCGCACAGCGACGUCGUAGCACGAUUCAACGAGAGAUUCUUACUAUCCUUGGGGAAAUGCGACUCUUGUUUAGUGGUGGACGAUGAGCUUAACGUGCUGCCUAUAUCAGGGGGGAAGCAUGUGAGGCAACUGCCUCCACCAGACCCUGAGGCGGAGGGCAAGACACCUAGAGCAAAAGAGUUGGAACAAAUUAAAGAGUCCUUGGCCGACACACCACCUGUAGGCGAUCUCGUCAAACUCGCCAGGACGGUGGACCAGGCAAAGGCGCUUCUCACAUUCGUGGAUGCGAUAGCUGAGAAGAGCCUCCAAAGCACUGUGACGCUGACGGCUGGUCGUGGACGAGGAAAAUCUGCUGCGCUUGGUGUAGCGGUGGCUACAGCUAUCGCACACGGUUAUUCCAAUAUUUUCAUCACCUCCCCUAGCCCAGAAAACUUGAAGACAUUGUUUGAAUUUGUCUUCAAGGGAUUUGAUGCGCUCGGGUAUAUGGAUCACCAGGACUACACCAUCAUGCAGUCGACAAAUCCGGACUUCAACAAAGCUAUUGUGCGCGUCAAUGUCCACAGGCAACACCGUCAGACUAUCCAGUACAUUCAACCACAGGACUCAUAUACACUGGGCCAAGCAGAACUCGUUGUGAUUGACGAAGCUGCAGCCAUCCCUCUUCCCUUGGUCAGGAAACUUAUGGGCCCGUAUCUCGUCUUCAUGGCAUCUACUAUCAACGGUUACGAAGGAACCGGCCGCUCCUUGUCUUUGAAGCUGAUCCAACAAUUGCGGAACCAGUCAAGAGGCCAAGGUGCCGAUGGUGCAGACUCUGUCAUCGAUCGAUCUACUGGCAAGGAGACGAAAGACGGCACCGAAUUGUCAAUGGCAGGGCGAUCUUUACGCGAAAUCACACUUUCCGAGCCUAUUCGUUACGCCCAAGGCGACGCGGUCGAACGAUGGCUAAACGACGUCCUCUGUCUCGACGCUACUCUUCCUCGCUCCAAAUUCAACACCCAAGGAUGCCCACACCCCUCCGAAUGUCAGCUUCUUCAUGUUAACAGAGAUACCCUUUUUUCCUUCAACCCGGCGGCCGAAAAGUUUUUGCAGAAGAUGAUGGCGCUUUACGUAGCUAGCCACUACAAGAACUCUCCUAACGAUCUCCAACUUAUGUCCGAUGCUCCUGCUCAUCAGCUUUUCGUGCUAGUGCCUCCUGUCACCGAAGACAACAAGCUACCAGAGCCACUUUGCGUCAUACAAGUUGCACUCGAGGGUCAGAUCAGCAGGGAGAGUGUACUAAGCAGUCUCAGCAGAGGACAGCGCGCUGGUGGCGAUCUCAUACCCUGGAUUGUGUCACAGCAAUUCCAAGAUGAGAACUUUGCUGGCUUGUCCGGCGCACGAGUGGUCAGAAUAGCGACUAACCCAGAGUACAUCAGCAUGGGUUAUGGCUCGCGUGCUCUUGAACUCCUAGUAGACUUUUACGACGGCAAAUUAGCCAGCUUAUCGGAGACCGAGCCGCAAGAAGUCGAAGGUAUGCGCAGGGUGACUGAGGAGGAACUUGAGAACACUACUCUACUCAAAGACGAAGUCAAGGUCAGGGAAGCAAAAGACAUGCCGCCGCUCUUCGCACGUCUUCCGGAGCUCAAGUCACCCCAGCUCGACUACGUUGGUGUGUCGUAUGGCCUCACAAAGCAGUUGCACAAGUUUUGGAAACGAGCAUCAUUUGUUCCUGUUUACUUACGACAAACGCCUAAUGAGCUCACGGGCGAGCACACAUGCGUCAUGCUUCGCUCCCUUGAAACAACAUCAUCAGACGGUAGCUGGGUAGCUGCCUUCGCUAAAGACUUCCAGCGCCGAUUGUUCUCUCUCCUCUCCUACCAUUUCCGCACAUUUCCCGCCACGACAGCCUUGUUAAUAGACGAAUCAGCGUCAGCAGGCUCAAAGCUUGAUGCUGAUCUAGCAGCUAAGCCAAUCACCAAACCAGAGCUUGACCAGAUGUUCAGCGCAUACGACCUCAAGCGUCUAGACUCUUAUGCUCAAAACAUGCUCGACUAUCAUGUCAUCCUCGAUAUGGUGCCAGCCAUUGCCCAGCUUUACUUCACUGGCCGACUCAAGGGCCAGGUGCAGAUGAGCCCUCUACAAAAGGCAACCCUCCUCGCUGUAGGCCUCCAGCGCAAGGAGUUCUCGGAUCUUGAAAAGGAGCUCAAUGUGACGUCCAGUCAGCUAAUGGCCAUGUUCGUCAAGGUCAUACGUAAAGUGGCGGACGCUUUCCGUAAGACGAUAGAAGGCGCCGUAGAAGAGACGCUUCCAGAGGCUAUGGAAGUUGAAGGCAACGGUGCGGCAGACGAUGCAGAUGAGGGUGCUCAGCAGAAACGCUUCCAGCCACUCGAGAAAGACUUGGAAGAGGAACUGCGCGAAGGCGGCGACGAGGCAAUGAAGUCUUUGGAAAGAGAAAGGGCCAAGGCGAUGAUUGAUUCCCUGCCUCUUGAAAAAUACGCCAUUGAUGCUGGUGCUACUGACUGGGCAGACGCCGAGAAACAGAUCAGCAAAGCCGCCAAGAAAGGUGGUUCCAACAGCAUGACUGUAAGCGUAAAGACAGGAAAGGACAAGAAACGCAAGGCAGGCGAGGCUGUAGAAGAGGCAUACAAAGAAGUCCACAGAGAAGGCGGGAAGAAGAAGAGCAAAUCCGGAAAGAGCAAACACUAG